AAAAAAUACUACGACACCUUCACACUGGAUUCAGGUUUAAGCAGGGUUUUUUAAGUCGAGAAUGCACAGAUCGUUGGUUCGGCCAUUCAUGGGGGCGCGUGGGUUUUCCUCAACCUCCGAAAAAAUUGUGGCGUCGGUACUGUUCGAGAGAUUACCCGUCGUUAUUCCCAAACUGGAUCCUGUGGUUUAUGCAUUUCAAGAGUUUUCCUUUCGAUGGAGGCAGCAGUAUCGACGCAAAUAUCCUGAUGAAUUCUUGGACAUGUCUAAAUCUAGGGGAAAAGGUGAUUACCAAAUUGACUACGUUCCAGCUCCAAGGAUCACUGAAGCUGACAAAACGAAUGACAGAAAGUCAUUGCAGAGAGCACUUGAUAGAAGAUUGUAUCUUCUUCUAUACGGUGACAGUAAUGCAGCUCCUAGCAGGAAACCCGUGUGGCAUUUUCCAGAAAAAGUUUAUGAUUCAGAGGAGACGUUGCGCAAGUGUGCAGAGUCUGCCUUAGCAUCUGUACUCGGAGACCUCUCUCACACUUACUUUGUCGGAAAUGCUCCCAUGGGGCACAUGGUUAUACAGCAGAUGGAGAAUGUGCCUGAACCAUUUAAGCGAUUUUUUUUCAAGUCACAAGUGAUUGAUACCAACAAGUUCAAUAUCCGGAAGUGCGAGGAUUUCGUUUGGGUGACCAAAGAUGAACUCUUGGAGUAUUUUCCUGAGCAAGCUGAAUUUUUUAAGAAGAUGAUUAUCAGCUGAUGGCAAAUUGCUCCAUUCGGUUUCCAAGCAUACAAGUCUUCAUAUAACCCAAAUUUGUGGUUUACUUGUAACUUUGCAGUAGAGAGUUUACAUCAGAAGUUCAAGCCGAGACUAGAAAACCAAACAUCCGAACGUGAGUCAAUUAGGCGAAAAUAACGAAAACCUCAUUGGCUAAGGAUGGAUUGGAUUGUCCAAUACUUUUAGUUUCUUAUGUUGGCGACUAUUGAUGCAUGAUCUUGUUUUAUUUUAUUACAUAUUCCUCUCA